AUGUCCAAUGACGACGAGGGCCUGCGCCAAAUUGGGAAGCCCAGGGCGACCGCUAGCCCACGAUGUCAGCCCUGUGGUCUCGAGUUGCGUGUCGAUAGUUCAGUUGCUUGCGGCGCGUCAUCAUAUAGGCCGUCUCGCAUACUCGAAAUUGGACCUGGAGGCGACGUCACAUAUUCGAACACCAAGGUGGAAAAGAAUCUUGGCGAGCAAAGGGCUCAUCAAUUUCGUCGCCCAUCCAACAUAGACCCAAGGAUCAACCUCGAUGUAGCCAGGAAUAGAAACUCGGACUCCCCCACUGUUGGCUGCGGUGACCGAGGCGGAAGGCCCGUCACAAGGACUUGGGGGCGAAAGCACCCUGAUCAGCCACUGUCACUCCAAUACUCCACGGUUGGCUCUCCCCAGGCGGAGCGCAGAGGGCGCACACGUCAAACACCUCACGUGGUAGAGCCCGGAUUAGAAAGUCGGGAGGCGAAGCAACGAUCCAUUGCCAACCAGCGAGUGUUUUCUCUGGACUUUCCCGGGCGGCGCGUCAGAAAAUAA